AUGCCUCCUGAGUCUGUGGAGGGAAUUGUUUCUGUAAAAUCUGAUGUCUACAGCUUUGGGGUGUUGAUGCUUGAAAUCAUAAGCGGGAGGAAAAACAACAGCUUCUACAAUGAUGACCGCGCACUCAAUUUAGUAGGAUAUGCAUGGGAGUUAUGGAAACAAGGUUCAGGGGUAGAAUUAAUGGAUCAAAUGGUAGAGGAAGAUGCAGCCGAUCGGCCUACCAUGUCAGAUGUGAUUUCUAUGUUGACAAAUGAAAACCCACCAUUAGCCUUACCUACAAAGCCAGCAUUUUUUGUUGGGAGGAAAUUGGUGGAAGCUGGUAUAGGUGAAAAGCAACAUGAAAUUACAUCAGUGAAUGACUUGUCCAUUUCCAAUUUUGAUGCACGUUAA